AUGGCACCCAACCCCGCGGACCAGGCGCGACUGCCGCCCCAGGAACAAGAGCCGAUGACUCCCACGAACGCCCCAGGAGCUAGAGAAGCGCUCCUCCGGCAGGCCCCACGCGCGGGUCUUGCCGAAUUACUGUUGCCACGACGCGCACAGCAACCCGACGACUCUCCAUUCGGCUCCACGAACAGCGACAAUGCCCACACCGACACCGACCAGCCAGAUGCUGUAAUGGGAGACGCAGCAGACGAAACCGAGACCGACGAGCCGGACGACCUGCCCGAGACUCAAGGCCCAGCAGUAACGGUUGCCCACGCGGCAGAGAGACUUAUCGCCAACCAGAUGGAAGCACAACAGGCAAAGCUGGCCGUCUUCCGCGCAUUCUGCACCGCCUUCGACAAGACGGCUGCCCAGUUCAACUCGGGCCACGAGCUCAGCUUCGCGAAGGAAUUCUCGCGCGGCUUCAUUAGCUACUGGGACGACGCGCUCAACGGCGCGCCCACACGCGCCGGUCAGAAUGUCAACAACCGCCACGGCAGAGACGGGACCGCACCGACCUACGCCGCUAUGGCCCAGAAGGGGAUGGCACAGACAAGGGCUCCCUGCCGGCACGCCUCGGCCCGAAGCCCCGGAAGGCGCCUCCGGUCCAGCCGCCUAAAGAUGACCUGCGUGUCUUCACCGGGAGGCGAGGACCUGCUUGUGGAACGGCAGGACGACUGGGCGGCCCGCCUCGGGGCCGUGGCGGUUGAAGGCUUCCAGAAGUGGCACACGUACGCUGUGGCCGACUGCCCCAGGCAGCUCACGGAUAUCUGGGGGGCCGCCGUGGACUAUGACCAAGCUAUCAAAGAAGAGAUCAAGCUCCAGACAGGUGCCGAACCAAUUGAUGUGCACAUUGCUAAGAGAUACUCCGAAAGCUCCGACCAGCCCACUGUGACAAUGAUUGUGUCCUUUCAGGCGGCGAUACAGAGGAGAUGGCGGCUCUUCGGCACCAGCCGACUAGCCCGACUGAUCGCCAAGACCGCCCGGCCCGCGCAGUGCGACACCUGUUGGGAUUAUCACUCCCGCUACGCCUGCGACCGAAAACAAGCCUGCCGACGAUGCGGCGGGAAAGACCAUCGCGAUAACGACUGCAAGCAGCCGGAGAGACCUAGGCGCUCACGGCCAACUCGUGCGGCUCUCAAGAUCGAGAAGUACGCCGUAAGGAAGAUCGGCUCUCAGCUAUACCGGCAAGCCAAUAUGGAGCUCGAACGGGCCACGGCGACCGCCUCCCCCCAACCCUCCCAAGGACCGACCCCAUCGCCCUGCAUGAGAGCUGCCGAGGCCCGCCUAGGCAAGCAACAGGACCAGCAGCAGCAACAGCAGCAGCAACAGCAGCAGCAAUGUCGACCCCAGCGGCUGUCCCCCACCAGCGCGCAGGCGCCAGACUCCACAACGCUCCUCCACCACAGGAAGACAGAUCCGAGUCUCCUAUGA